AUGGUUCUUAAUGGAGAACAUGUAAUGCCUAUGACAACUUAUGUUUUGAUGCAAUUUUACGUGUCAGUUCAAGAAAUUGUUCAGCCGCAAGAAUGUGGGCGACGUUGGAAAAGCAACACGGUGCCGGAACGCUACCAAAACAGUAAGAAGGAAGCCCAACCAAACAGCUGGCCCUGGCAUGUUGGAGUCUAUAGCUCAGCCCUGGGUCCGUUUCCGUAUUGCGGAGGCACGCUGAUUGCCUCCACAUGGGUGCUAACGGCCGCUCACUGCAUUGUGAUUGCCCUUCAAUGCAGCAAUGCUCCAUAUGGUCAGCUGUUCUCCAUUCAUGAUCUCACCGGAGAACAUUUGGCGGUUACAGUCGCAGACCAUAAGCACACGACGCGCCAGCGUCCAGCCUACAACGUGCGAGUAAAAGGUGUAAUUAUACAUCCAUCAUACCCAAAACACGCUUCAAUCGCCGGCUUUGACAUCGCACUCCUGCAACUGAACCGCAGGGUCAAACGAUCAUCGGUGACAGAAUAUGCCUGUCUUCCAGCGCGCGGGUUGAAUCUUACUGCUGGACAUAUUUGUAAAUCUGCUGGCUGGGGACUAAUUCCUAAUCCACCUAAUGAGCCCCACCCAGAUUAUCCGGAGACACUGAUGGAGGUAGGAAUACAAAUCGCGUCAACGCCUCGGUGCAAAAGCAACAUUCGUGGCUUCAACGAACACGAGACAUUGUGUACAGACGAAGCGCAGGGGGCCCUUUGUGAUGGUGACAGCGGAGGAGGUCUGCACUGUUUACCUCCAAAUGAAUCUAAAUGGGUUGUCUACGGCGUAUAUUCUACCGGCACUGACAAAUGCACGGGGGGAUUCGACGAAUAUUCAUUGACAGCGACGAAAGUCAACUGGAUUAACGCGGUAAUGACUGCAAAUCCCUAA